GAUCGUUUCCCGCCAGUUCUUCAGUUUCACACGCACACACGCUCUUCCUCCCCAUCUUGAAAGAUGCUUUGGGUAGACAAGUACAGACCAAAAACCCUAGACAAGGUUCUUGUACACGAAGACGUUGCUCAAAAUCUCAAGAAAUUGGUCACGGAGCAAGAUUGCCCACAUUUACUUUUCUAUGGGCCGCCGGGUUCUGGGAAGAAAACCCUAAUUAUGGCCCUUCUCAGGCAGAUGUUUGGACCUGGGGCCGAGAAGGUGAAAGUGGAGAACAAAAACUGGAAAGUUGAUGCUGGAAGUAGAACUAUUGAUUUGGAACUCACAACUCUAUCAAGCACCCACCAUGUCGAGCUGAAUCCCAGUGAUGCCGGGUUUCAAGAUCGGUACAUUGUUCAAGAAAUUAUCAAAGAGAUGGCGAAGAACAGACCAAUUGACACCAAAGGAAAGAAGGGUUUCAAAGUCUUAGUGCUCAAUGAAGUUGAUAAACUUUCAAGAGAAGCACAACACUCAUUGCGGAGAACGAUGGAGAAAUACAGUGCCUCCUGCCGUUUGAUUUUAUGCUGCAACAGUUCGUCAAAGGUUACUGAAGCAGUGCGUUCUCGUUGCCUUAAUGUGCGAAUAAAUGCACCAAAAGAGGAACAGAUUCUUAAGGUUCUGGAAUUUAUUGGCAAGAAGGAGGGGUUACAACUUCCUCCUGGUUUCGCUGCUCACAUAGCAGAAAAAUCAGGCAGGAGUUUAAGGCGGGCCAUAUUAUCAUUCGAAACCUGUCGUGUUCAACAGUACCCCUUUACCAAUAAUCAAGUAAUCCCCCCAAUGGACUGGGAAGAAUAUGUAUCCGAGAUAGCGUCUGACAUUAUGAAAGAGCAGAGCCCUAAAAGGUUGUUCCAGGUUCGAGGAAAGUUGUACGAGCUACUUGUCAAUUGCAUCCCUCCUGAAGUUAUAUUGAAGAGGCUGCUUUAUGAAUUGCUGAAGAAACUAGAUUCUGAAUUGAAGCAUGAGGUCUGUCAUUGGGCUGCAUAUUAUGAACAUAGGAUGCGUCUUGGACAGAAAGCCAUUUUUCACAUUGAAGCAUUUGUAGCCAAGUUCAUGAGCAUUUACAAAGGCUUCCUAAUCGCGACGUUUGGGUGAAGCAAGCAAGCAACAUGGUGGUGUAUGAAGUUGAUUGAUGUAUGUUUGAACUCCAGAUUGCUUUGGGUUGGGAGGUGUGGGUCUGAAUUGUUGUUCUGUUAAGAAGGCAGGCUUUUGCUUUCUACUUGAACCAAUCCAUAUUUAUGUUUGAGAGGGAAUGGAAAUGGAAAUGGAAUUGGUAUUCCUACCAAAUCAAUCAGCAUUUUGAUCCCCUUUUCUCUUGGAAAAGAAAUAUUAGAUUGAAGUUGCCAUUAUACUAUUCUAGUCUGCUAUCAAUUAAAAAACAGAAUUUGCCAUUUGGGACUAAAAAGUGCAACCCUUGGAACAUUCU